AAUGCAGUACAGUUCUUGCUUUCACACUUAAUACACUAUUAGCAGAGCUUUACUAUUAGCUUCAGAUUUGCUUUGUUUCGAUUAUAUAAUGCCACUUGCAAAAUGCACAUGCAACCCCAUGAUUCUGAAAGGCUGGUUUAAGAUUAUAUGUGGAUCCAAGAAAGAAAAUCUGCUUGGAAAGCAGGGGAAAGGCUGUAAAAAAGAAGUCAUUUGCAGAAAGAGAAAACAGCAAGGAAGCCUCAUGAAAAAUACAUGUUUUUUCUGCUUUGUCAUCAAACCCUAAGUGCUUUUGCUAACAGAAAAAGAGAGAGUGUGCAACAGAGAGGGAAACAAACUGAGACAGAAAAAUAUACCUCGCGGAUUUAGAAUAAGGAAUGUCAUCAAAACAUGCGCCCACCCUGCUGCUCACAAAUCCUGGCCUUCCUAAAUCCGGCUUUCUGUUCUUAAUAGUUUAUGACAGAAUGAAGAAAAUAAUUUAUUCGGAAUGGCUGUGUUAGGAACAAUCCUUCCACUGAUGUUGCAGCUGGAGAUUUUUGAGAGCUAGACAUGAAUUUGUGGAUGCUUCUGUUUCUGUGUGAUGGGAGCUAGCAUAUUUUUGGAUUCUCCUUAUCAAGGAUUGCUUUUAAUUUAAAGAGUAUGACUCCUGAAGAUACCCUUAACCGUACAGAGGUCACCACUCAUGCAUCAGCUCUUCAGUGUGAACUACAUACUUCUCAGUGUUGUUCAUUUUUUAUUGAAGAAGGAUCAGGUACCUCUGUUGGUACCAUUCUGGUCUUCUGGUGUAAAGAGGGCUACCAGCUUGUGGGCAGUGAGAAGGUAACCUGUGAAUUGAGAAGGGGUGCACCAGUGUGGAAUAACCAUUUUCCAGUCUGUGAAGCAAUUCCACAGCCUGAAGACAAAGGGUUUCAACUUGCUGUGCUAGUAUCCAUCAUUAGCUGUAUUAUAAUCCUUACUCUGUCUGCAUCCUUCAUCGUGUGCUGUAUACGACAAAAGAGACUACAUUUGUCAGAAAAUAAGAGAGAAGUCUCGGACAGAUCUCAGAAAGAUUGUAGACAACGUCAAAGAAAAUCAUGCUGGAUUGAGCGAAACAGAAAUCAACUCAAUAUUUCACCCAGACAUUUUUCGUAUGAACGUAAUCCACGCCUGUCCAUUCUUAGAAGUUCUUUUUGUCCAGGGAGAAGCAAAAGCUAUAUAAAUAAGGGGUAUCAAAGCAGAAGUCAUGAAAACCUGCAGAAAUCUUCACGUCAAGAAAUAUUCAGUGAAAGACGACAGUACUGUAACGUGGUAUUACAGCGGAUCCUGAUCCCAAAUGCCGCACCUUCCCUACACUUACCGCCACAAUCAAUAGACAUUCACAUGCAAAUGGUGACAACUCACCCAAAUCUUUUAUUCAGCAGUCCUAUGGAGACACCGCAGAGACACUGCCUUCUGCUCCAACCUGUGUAAAAAUUUUGCCUGCUGUACUCCAUAUUGAUGGCGCUUUAAUUCUGAGUGUGAGAACAAGUUUUCAAUUCUUUGCCUUUUUUAGUGUCAUAUUGUGACUUUUCCUAAAAUUGUUGUUCCUUUAGAGCAUAAAUUUCCUGAUUGUAGUGAUGACUUAAAGUAUUUUAAACUUGUAUAUCUUACAAACAUAUAAUUUCCAAGUGCAAUAUUUAAGAAAUUUUGUUUAGAAUGUGACAUGGAA